AUGGCAUCUGGAGUGGAGGUUGUCGGCCUCGCACUUGCGGUAGUCCCUUUGUUUAUCGAGGCUGCCAAGGUCUAUUCGGAUGGAAUCGAGGCCAUAGCUGACGUCGUGGUGAAGAGCAGAUGGGACGAGCGCUUAGAGGAGUUCUACCUCGACUUUUACAUGCAACUGCUUUACUUGGAUGAAGCAUUACAGAGACUUCGCGAUGCGCUUGGACCUGGGCUUUUCCAGACGGGAGACAAGAAGCAACAAUUAAAGCUGCUUUCGAACUGGCAGUACGACACAGAUAUGACAGAAGCCUUAAGGCAGUAUUUCGGAUCCAACGACAGAUUCAACGCUUUCACCAUAAUUAGCAAGAAGAUCAUGACGCUCCUGCAGCAACUUGUCAAAGACAAGACAAAUCGGGUUACCACUCAAGAUCGGAGCGAUCAAGCAAUGUUCGGGAAGCUUAAGGAGCUUGCCAUUGCAAGAGAGCUGGGCUCAACCAGCAGCUCUUUUCUCGAGAGAUUCGCCUUCUUCCGUCACCGCGAAAAACGCGAACAAUGCAUAAAGAAGCUCGCGACUUGGGUCAAAAACCUCGAGAAGCUCACAAAACAAGCCGAAAAAUCACCAUCUGAAUAUGCGCAAACCACCAGGAACAACACGAAGCCUAAAUUUGACCCAGUCAAACCGAGAAAACCUCCGUUAUCUAAAGAACUGCGUGACCUCAUUGCGAAUCUUCACCCGGCCUUGCGAGAACACUCCAAUUGCUCUUGUUCGGAACAACAUGAGAUUAAGCUCUGCCUUAAAGACUCAUAUGAGAGCGCCGACCUGUAUCCGUGUUUGAAGAUCGACCUUCUUCUAUCUGGGAAUUUCGAUACCGGUUCCACACGAGACAUCAGAUGGCAAGAGGCCAACGUCUUCAUUACUUCCCAGUGUUCGAGCAAUGCUAACCAGCUCAAACCUCUCUCAACAUUGUGCGAGGCCUGCGAUUCUGACCUCGGCAAUUACAGCCUCGCUCUCGUAUUCGAAGACACCAGCACCCAGCAGCGCAUCAAGCGACGCGGCGCCGAUCUACGGAAGCUCCGAUUUCAAGAAUCCUUCCCGCCCAUCACCCUCAGCGAACUACUCGACGGCUCGACAAAGCUCGACCCGCGGGAGAAGCGCACGCUCGCGCUCAUCUUCGCCGAGUCGCUCCUCCUCUAUCACGACAGCGCCUGGAUGUCGGCGAAUGGUGGAGGCUGGGCCAAAGACGACAUUUGCUUCUUCUUCCAGACCGAGGACGAACCGGAUGUCGCCCACCCUUUCCUCUCCGCGCGCUUCGAUAACGCCUCGAUUACCCGCAAAGACCCGUUUCGGAAUGCCAGCCUCCACCGCAACCCGAGUAUUCUAGCCCUCGGCAUCCUGCUGAUCGAGAUUUUCAACGAGAAGCCGAUCGAGAAGUGGCGAACCCCGCGGGAGCGCAAGGACCCUGCAGUAGCAGCAGCGACGACGGCGUGGAUGGUGGCGGAUCGGGUGGUCAAGAAGAUGGACCAAUCGCCUUCGCGCGAAGCUAUUGAAGCAUGCUUGGAUCUGGACUGGAUACCGGCGGGGCGUGGAGCUGGACUGGAUGAUCAGGAAACGAGGAUGGGACUGCUGGAGAAUGUGAUUGCGCCGCUGAAGCAGGAAAUGAAGUGGCUUUCCGUGAACAAGCUUUCAUGA